ACAACUUUCAAGUAAAACUCAUAUUUUAGUUUUUAAAUCUACCCUAAUUCUGACAUACUGCCGCACCCAUCAAAUCUCUACUACCUUUCUUCCUUCUUCACGUGGGAUGUACUACCUCCCUCAUUUUCUAUUAUUUCUUUCCUUUCCACACACACACACACGCACAAACACACCCCACUCCCUCAUUUUCUAUUAUUUCUUUCCUUUCCACACACACACGCAUAGACACACACUUCUACACACACACACGCACAGACACACUUCAAAGUGCAAAUCCACAUCAGGGACCAAGCCAUUUCCUUCUCUCCCAUUUCGACUCUCUCUCUCUCUUCUCUGCACUGUCUCUCUCUUUUUCUCUCAAAAUCCUCUUACCUCUCUCCCUCUCUUGCUGUGACCACACACACACAGUAGCAGCACCAUCUGCUCGACUCGAGCAGCUCAAGGACGACACCACCAUCAUCACACAUCAUCAGUCUUCUCUCUCCAGCCUCUGCGAGAAUGGCGGAUGACACCGUGACCUCCACCGUGGCGCACACUCCGGCGAGCACCAUCACCACCUGUGAGAGGCGCAGAUCUUGGCAGAGAGAGGCGCAGAUCUUGGCAGCUGCGACGAAGGAGCUCGGCUGCCGUUCCGACGACGGAGAGAGAGAGCGAUAUUAUCGAUAUUACUGAUAAUAUCGCGAUAUUAUUGAUAAUAUCGCGAUAUUAUCGAUAUUAUCAAUAAUAUCGCGAUAUUAUCACGAUAAUCAAUUGGAAUACUCUGAAAAUAUCGCUGUUGGAAAAAAACGAUAUUAUCGGCGAUAUUUCGCCGAUAAUAUCGAUAUUUAAUUCCUUGCUCCUUAGGGAGUGAGUGAGGGCACACAGUAAGCAAUCAUGGGGCGCACUCCAUUCUGUUCUAGGAGAAAUGAGAAAAGGGUUUUAUUUUCUUUGCCAAUCUCUGCAAAAGUUCUCAACUUUAUUAAUUUUUCUACACUUUGUAGGUCUGAGGCAGUGCGGGAAGAGCUGCUGUCUGCGGUGGCUAAACCAUCUGAGGCCAGACAUCAAACAUGGAAGCUUCACUGAAGAGGAAGACAGCACUAUCUGCAGCCUCUACAACCAGAUGGGAAGCCGGCAAGUCAACAAAUUUAAAUGUUUGAGUCUGCUGAGUUCUGCGGAUUUACUCAAUUGCAAUCAUCUUUUCUGCAAGCAAUCUCUACCUUCAUUGUUAGAUUGUUUGCUUAUUUUUUACAGCACUUGCACUGUGAAGUCGAUGAAAUCGGGUUCCUUUUGUCCAGUUUAUAAAUUCCAUAUCGGCGUAGAGGCAAGCAAAAUGAUGUAAAUUGGCGAUUUACGGUGGCUUUGAAAGGGUGACUUGCUCUUAUAAAGUUCUGGAAGACAAACUGUAGCCAGAACAACGGCCUUUCUCUCCCUUAUCAGAAAAUGGGUGCUUUCAGGGUUCUCCCUUAUCAGAAAAUGGGUGCUUUCAGGGUGAGCCGCAGUGCUCUUAAUUUCAAGUAAUGGGUUUGUGUUACUGUGCAGAUCUGCCGAACUUCACAUUUAGUUUCUUGGAAUUGUUAUUUUUUUCUUUCAAUUAUAUGUUUUAGUGCUUUUAUGUUUGUCGUUCAGUGCUGGAAAAUUGGAAAGCUCUUGAAACAAUAUAGUUCUUGAGCUAAUGUGAAGAUUUUGGGUUGAAUACUUUGAUUCCGUUUUUCUAUUUGCACUUAGAAAAACAGAGGAUUGUGGUUAA